AAGAAAAUGGGAGAUGAGAUGAGGAAUGGACGCUGCAGAUAAUCUUUCUGCAGAUAAUUGGCCUAGAAAAAACCGAAAAAGCAAAAGACCUCACUGACCCAACUACCUCAUCUUCAUCUUCUUUGCAUUUACGUUUAUAUUUCUUCUUCGAAAUUUUCGUCCUUCUUCGUUUUUGGGGUUCUUUUCUUUGUUUAUCUUCUCUCUACCCUACUGUUCCUUCCUAGCCUUCAUUGCUGGGUUUGCUUUGGCAAGUUUUUAUCUAGUUUUUUAAGAGAGAAAUCACCAAUGUCUGUGACUAUGGCUUCCUUGGGUGUUGGGACUCACCUCAGUGAUAAUAAUAAUAAUAAUUGUAUUUCGAAAGCUUCUGAAAAUCGGGUGCCUAGUGGAGCUCUGAUCAGGGGCACCUUUCGGCUUGCCACCAAGCCUUUCUCCGUUCUGCAUAAGAGACAAAGGUUAUCCUCAAUGGCCACAAACACACCUCGAGCAUCAUCAGCAACUGCUUUGGAGGAUGAAAGUGAUACCGUUCCAACUCCUGUAGUUAUUAUCGACCAAGACACCGAUCCAAGUGCUACCAUUGUGGAGAUAACUUUUGGGGAUCGGCUUGGAGCUCUUCUCGAUACUAUGAAUGCGCUUAAAAAUCUUGGACUCAAUGUUGUGAAGGCAAAUGUUUUCUUAGAUUCUUCUGGGAAGCACAACAAGUUCGCCAUCACUAAAGUAGAUACUGGUAGAAAGGUAGAAGAUCCAGAAUUGCUUGAGGCAAUUCGCUUGACAAUUAUAAACAAUUUGAUUCAGUAUCACCCGGAAUCGAGCGCCCAAUUAGCAAUGGGAGUAGCCUUUGGAAUAGUGCAACCAGAACAACAGGUUGAUGUGGAUGUAGCAACACGCAUAAGAAUCUAUGAUGAUGGCCCUGAACGGAGUUUGCUUUAUGUGGAGACAGCUGAUCGCCCUGGAUUAUUGGUAGACCUUGUGAAGAUUGUCACUGAAAUCAAUAUUGAUGUUAAAUCCGGAGAAUUUGACACAGAGGGGUUGUUGGCCAAGGCAAAGUUUCAUGUUAGUUACAAGGACAAAGCGUUAAUCAAGCCUCUCCAGCUGGUUCUUUCUAAUAGCUUGCGAUAUUUCUUAAGGCGGCCAACAACAGAGGAGUCGAGUUUUUGAUUCGCAUAAAUUCAAGACGAGACAUUCAAACAAUUCCAGCAUUGUCAGUGAAUAAGAGAAACACUAGAAUGCUGACAUAUCUACUUUUGGAAGGACAUAUGAACACAAUUGUGAAAUAAAAUCCAAGAAAAGAAAAUUCUAUAAAUUUGCAGCUAAAAUAGCAAUGUAAAAUCAUACUUUGCUACAGUUAUAGCACUGCAAUAACUCUUUGUGCUUUCAGGCAUUUGCUUUAUUAUGUCUACUACAAAAAUUAGAAAAGAAAUAUUAGAAAA